AUGAUAGUGAAGGAAGGAACGUCUCGAGGGCUUCAGGGUCUCCUCAUGCCGAAUCUCAAUAUUGCUUCAUGCGGUGUUAUGCUUGCUAACUCUUCUAGCGUCGACCCUUCUUAUGUUGCUUUGGGGGUGCUUACCCCUAGGGCUAGGGGAAGGCCGAAGAAAGUUGAGAAUAAAGGAAAGAAUAAAAAGGGCCUUGUUGUGAGCUCUAGUGGAUUUGUUGUAGCAAUGGGCACAGACGUGGAUGUGGAUGCUGAUUCGAGAGGGAAGGAGCUGAUGGUGAGAGAUGCUCCGUACACAAAACUUUGCAGCACAAAAAACAUCUUAACUGUAAACGGCCAGUUUCCUGGGCCAACUCUUUAUGUGACCAAAGAAGAAACAAUUAUUGUUGAUGUUUAUAACAGAGCUGACUACAACAUCACUAUCCACUGGCAUGGAGUGAACCAACCAAGAUAUCCAUGGUCAGAUGGCCCUGAAUAUGUCACGCAAUGUCCGAUUCGACCUGGUGGGAAGUUCAGUCAAAAGGUCAUAUUUUCUGAAGAAGAAGGCACACUAUGGUGGCAUGCUCACAGUGACGGGUCUCACGCCACCGUUCAUGGGGCUAUUGUGAUCCAACCCAAGCUUGGAACUACUUAUCCAUUUCCAAAACCCCACGAAGAGGUCCCCAUUAUAUUAGGUGAAUGGUGGAAGAAAGAUGUUGUUGAGGUUUAUAAAGAUUUUCGGAAAUCUGGAGGAGAUCUUGUAGUUUCUGAUGCUUACACAAUUAAUGGUCAACCGGGUGAUCUAUAUCCAUGCUCAAAGAACGAAACCUUCAAGCUUAGGGUUGAUUAUGGCAAAACAUAUCUUCUCAGAAUGGUCAAUGCUGCAGUUCAAGAAAUGUUGUUCUUUGCAAUUGCCAAACACCAACUCACAGUGGUAGGAACUGAUGGUAGCUAUGUAAAGCCAUUGAAGGUAGAUUACAUAACAAUAUCUCCUGGGCAAACAAUGGAUGUGUUACUAGAAGCAAACCAACCAUUAGAUAACUAUUACAUGGCUUCCAAAGCAUAUUCAAGUGCACUUGGCGUUCCCUUUGAUAACACCACAACCACUGCUAUAGUACAAUACAAGGGGAAUUACAUUCCAACUUCAAGCACCCCUUCUUUGCCCUCACUUCCAGAUUCAGGGGACACCAACUCCUCUAUUAAUAUCAUAAGUGAACUGAAAACUUUAGCUGAUGAAGAACACCCAAUUGAGGUUCCCUUAAACAUAACAACAAACUUGUUCUUCACAGUCUCAGUUAACACAUUACCGUGUGAUUCAAAUGGUAAUUCAACAUGUGAUGGCCCCAAUGGAAACUGUCUCUCAGCUAGCAUGAACAACGUGAGCUUUCAAAUGCCAGCUGACAACAACAUUUUGCAAGCUUACUACAACAACAUUAGUGGUGUGUUUGGGGAAAAUUUCCCUGAUGUGCCAACUUUUCCUUUUGAUUUCACUGGUAGUAAUCUUCCUGCGUUUCUGAAUACUCCAUCAGUGGCUACAGAGGUGAAUGUGCUUGAGUAUGACUCAACAGUGGAGAUUGUUCUUCAGGGGUUAAACGUGUUGACAGGUACAGAGCAUCCUAUACACAUGCAUGGCACCAGUUUCUUUGUGGUUGGAUGGGGAUUUGGGAACUUUGACAAGGAAAAGGAUCCAUUGAAUUAUAAUCUUGUUGACCCUCCUUAUCAGAAUACCGUAGCUAUACCCAAAAACGGUUGGACAGCCAUAAGAUUCAGAGCUAAAAAUCCAGGUGUAUGGUUCAUGCAUUGCCAUUUAGAGCGACAUGCCAGUUGGGGUAUGGCUAUGACUUUCAUUGUGAAGGAUGGUAACAACCCUGAAGAGAAGAUACUACCACCACCAUUAGACAUGCCACAAUGUCAAUUCAUUGAAGCAGUAGAGCAGUCAAUUUAUUCCAAUACUUCAUCACGCAUCUACAGCUCAAGUAUGAAAAUCCUAUUCCUCCAAGUUUUGCUAUUUUUGUUCAUCAAUCUCCUGCUCACUUGUCUGGCACUGAGGCAUCACAAGUUCGAGGUGAGAGAAGUUUCGUACACAAAACUUUGCAGCACAAAAAACAUCUUGACCGUAAACGGGCAGUUUCCUGGGCCAACUCUUUAUGUGACCAAAGGAGAAACCAUUAUUGUUCAUGUCUAUAACCGAGCUAACUACAACAUCACAAUCCAUUGGCAUGGAGUCAACCAACCAAGAUAUCCAUGGUCAGAUGGCCCUGAAUAUGUGACACAAUGUCCGAUUCAACCCGGUGGGAAGUUCAAUCAGAAGGUCAUAUUUUCUGAAGAAGAAGGCACGCUAUGGUGGCAUGCUCACAGUGACUGGUCUCGCGCCACCGUUCAUGGGGCUAUUGUGGUACAACCUAAGCUUGGAACUACUUAUCCAUUUCCAAAACCCCACAAAGAGGUCCCCAUUAUAUUAGGUGAAUGGUGGAAGAAAGAUGUUGUUGAGGUUCAUAAAGAUUUUCAGAAAUCUGGAGGAGCUCCUGUAGUUUCUGAUGCUUACACAAUUAAUGGUCAUCCCGGUGAUCUAUAUCCAUGUUCAAAGAACGAAACAUUCAAGCUUAGGGUUGAUUAUGGCAAAACAUAUCUUCUUCGAAUGGUUAAUGCUGUAGUUCAAGAAAUGUUGUUCUUUGCAAUUUCCAAACAUCAACUCACAGUGGUAGGAACUGAUGGUAGUUAUGUAAAGCCAUUGACGGUAGAUUACAUAACAAUAUCUCCUGGACAAACAAUGGAUGUGUUACUAGAAGCAAACCAACCAUUAGAUAACUAUUACAUGGCUUCCAAAGCAUAUUCAAGUCAACCUGUUAUGCCCUUUGAUAACACCACAACCACUGCUAUAGUGCAAUACAAGGGGAAUUAUAUUUCAACUUCAAGCACCCCUUCUUGGCCCUCACUUCCAAAUUCAAGAGACACCAACUCCUCUAUUAAUAUCAUAAGUGAACUGAAAAGUUUAGUUGAUGAAGAACACCCAAUUGAUGUUCCCUUAAACAUAACAACAAACAUGUUCUUCACAAUCUCAGUUAACACAUUACCUUGUGAUCCAAAUGGUAAUUCAACAUGUGAUGGCCCCAAUGGAAACCGUCUCUCAGCUAGCAUGAACAACGUGAGCUUUCAAAUGCCAACAGGCAACAACAUUUUGCAAGCUUACUACAACAACAUUAGUGGUGUGUUUGGGGAAAAUUUCCCUAAUGUGCCAAUUUUGUCUUAUGAUUUCACUGGUAGUAAUCUUCCAGCAUUUCUGAAUACUCCAUCAGUGUCUACAGAGGUGAAUGUGCUUGAGUAUGACUCAACAGUGGAGAUUGUUCUUCAGGCGACUAACUUGUUUGCAGGUAUAGAGCAUCCUAUGCACCUGCAUGGCACGAGUUUCUAUGUGGUUGGAUGGGGAUUUGGGAACUUUGACAAAGAAAAGGAUCCAUUAGGGUAUAAUCUUGUUGACCCUCCUUAUCAGAAUACCGUAGCUAUACCAAAAAACGGUUGGACAACCAUAAGAUUCAGAGCUAAAAAUCCAGGUGUAUGGUUCAUGCAUUGCCAUAUAGAGCGACAUGUCAGUUGGGGAAUGGCUAUGACUUUCAUUGUGAAGGAUGGUAAUAACCCUGAAGAGAAGAUGCUCCCACCACCAUUAGACAUGCCACAAUGUUAAUUAGUUGAAGCAGAGCAGCUAAUUCAUUCCAAUUGUAUUUCAAUUCUUUCAUUCAAUUGUAUUUUCUUGUUUUAUUAUUUCAUUUAUAUUAAGUAAAACUUUGUGUUACAAGAAUGAAAUAUGAAAGUUGUGUAACUGCUACAAAACGUAAUUGGUUCUUAAUAUAUGAGUUUUAUGUUCAAAUUGUCAAUAAA